AUGCCCCCUCGUCCCUCUGUAAGCACUACUCAGUAUCAACCUCUGAAAACUAUGACUUCUCAAGCAGUUCAAGCAAUUAAUUCAAAUGGGUUCUUCUUACCCACUAUUGAAGACAAGAUUAUUGAUGGCCGUCCUCUUAACGACACCGAGAGAAGAGGUGCUGAGUUUAACGUGACAUACCCAUGCCAUUCAGAGUCUCUGCUGACCCGCUACAGUGCGUUAUCACUUAAGCGUCUGAGGACGCUGCAGUCUGGGACCAACCUUGGUCUGUCUCUACUGACAACUGCCAUUACAUACUGA